AUGGCCGGCGAGGCUGCGGGCACGUCACGUGGCCUCCGCGUCUACAAGAUCGUGGUGCUGGGAGACGGCGGUGUUGGCAAGUCGGCUGUUACACUGCAGUUUGUUAGCCAUAGUUUUCUGGACUACCAUGACCCAACCAUAGAGGACUCUUACCAACAGCAGGCAGUAAUUGAUGGAGAGCCAGCUUUGUUGGAUAUCCUGGACACAGCUGGGCAGGUUGAGUUCACAGCCAUGCGAGAGCAGUAUAUGCGUUGUGGGGAAGGUUUUGUUAUAUGCUAUUCAGUCACGGAUCGACGAUCAUUUCGUGCAGCCUCUGAGUACAGAAGGUUAUUGGCACAGGCACGGCCUUCAGAGAGACUACCCCUUGUCCUAGUUGGCAAUAAGCUGGACUUAGCACCGAGGUACAGACAAGUCACUACCGAAGAAGGGAAUGCAUUGGCUACACAACUUGGUUGCCCAUUCUUUGAGACGUCAGCCGCCUUACGACAUUUUGUUGAUGAUACCUUCCACGCUUUGGUGAGAGAGAUAAGACGUCUAGAAAGACAGAGACAGUCAUCAUUAAUGGGCACGGGUAUAUCAACAAGCGGUGGCCGGCGACGUUGGCGGCGACUGCGCAGUAUUUUCGCAUUCGUUUUCCGGCGCCGUAAACGACGUCAUUCAUCUCCGUGA